UGGUUGUUGGAUUUGAAGCCAUACUGCUGCAAGCUAGUGGCUACCAUUCAGUCCUCUCCCUUCACGCGCUCACACCCCACUUACAGAGAGGAUAGGGAGAGAGAAUGGCAAUAGCUCUUGUCUCAGUUCCAACACCUCGCCAAACCAUUUGCACUCGACGCUCAUAUACUUACAGCAACUCGUGGUUUCAUAGCUCUGCAACAACUCUCAUUAAGUACCCAUCUAAGCCCAUCACCAUCCCUCUUUGUUCUCCCUCUACCUCUUCGACUUCUGUUGUAGAGGAUGGUCCCCCUCCUCCUUCAUCAGAUGCUCUUCCUACCACCGAAGAUGUUGACAAGCUCCCUCUUAGUGGUUGCAAGGGCUGUGGGAGAGAGGAAAUAGAGAAGGGAUGCAAUGGAGAGGGAAGAAUUCAAGGUGGGAUUGCAACCGUUCCGGGGUUCGGUUGGUGGCCAAUAAAGGCUUACAGGCCUUGUCCUGGAUUUUUAGCAUCUGGAGGCAGGUAUAGGCGACAAGGCCAAAGCAUGGACGAGGUAGCAUUUGGAAGGGAGCAAAAAGAAACUCCUGUAGGGAUCAGUGAUGAGGGUGAGACCAGGAAGAAAAGGCAAGAUCCAAGGAGAUUUAGGAGGUAACACUUUGCAAAGAGAUCGACUUGACCAUAGCUCGACUGGCAAUGGAGAACAGGUUGAGAUUUAUAUCUGUUGGGACCACGGGAUGUGGCUUUGUAUGUGAUCCUUUCUAGCCUUCUGCCCCAUCAAAAAUAGAAGAACUUUUUCAUGAAUUCUCAGAUUGAUGUUGUUCUGACCAUCAUUACUUCUGGUCUGUUUUACAUCCUUGUGCAGAGCAAGAAACUUGAUGUUCAUCGCAGUUGAUUCUACUGUGUACAGCUUUUGAGAGAUCUCUCUACCUAUUCAGCCCUCCAUGUCACUAAUCAAAUUUUAUAAAGUGACAUUCCAGAGAAAUUUCUCACUUCUUAAGAGUAAUUAUGUUC